AUGGCCAAAAGUCCGGAGGUGAAACUGGCGGUUUUGGGGCGAGCGGGAGUGGGAAAGUCAGCAUUGGUGGUGAGGUUCCUGACGCGACGCUUCAUCUGGGAGUACGAUCCAACUCUUGAAUCGACCUAUCGCCAUCAAGCAAAUAUUGAUGAUGAGGUCGUCACCAUGGAGAUACUCGACACGGCAGGCCAGGAAGACAACCAGCAAAGGGAAGGUCACAUGCGCUGGGGCGAGUGCUUCAUGGUGGUGUACGACAUCACCGACCGUGGUAGCUUCGAAGACGUGACGCCUCUGCGGACUCUCCUGGAGGAAGUCAAGAAGCCCAAAAACGUGCCGCUGAUCCUGGUGGCCAACAAGUGCGACCUGGACCACGUGCGGCAGGUGACUACAGAGGAGGGCGAGCGCCUGGCCGCCGAGAUGGCCUGCGCUUUCUACGAGUGCUCGGCGUGCGCAGACGAGGGCGGCGCGGUGGCCGAGGCCUUUCACGAGCUGUGCCGUGAGGUGCGGCGGCGCAAGGCCGUGCAGGGCAAGGCCAGGCGCCGCAGCUCCACCACGCAUGUCAAGCAGGCUAUCAACAAGAUGCUGACAAAAAUCAGCAGCUAG